AUAUAAUAUAGUAUUAUGUAUAUAUUAUGUAUCUUUUGCAGAGGGCCGCAUCCAGUGCUAUUGUUAAGUUACCUGGGCUGUGUGGUGUGAAGGUGCAGUGUGUUGAGGAUUGUAGUUCGCAAAGAGACAAGAAAGGUAAGACAAAGUCUGUUCUUCCUGUUAGGUUUUGUGGUAAAGAGAGGUCAGUUAGGGGGAGUUUUCACCAGGGAGACUCUCGCUUUGAAUAUGGAGGUGUUCAGUGUAUGGCUAUUAGUCUAGUAGCUGUUGCCAAACACACCACCCACAGUGUGUUGUCAUGGCAGUCAGGUGACCUUGAUGAGGUAGUAACUUUGGGUGAUGAGUUGUAUUCUUUCCUGAGAAAGAAUAAUAAGAUCAGUGGAGGAUCAGAGUUUCUAUGUGUUCCAGAUUUACCCAAGCAGCAGGUGAUUAAUGGAAAGAGUCUUGAGUUUGAAUUUGGUGAUUUUGUGACUGGUGAUGUAAAUGUGGUUAGUGGAGAGCUUGUUGAUGCAGGAGUGUUGACUCCUUUAAAGGAUGGUUUGGCACAGAUUUGUGGAAAGUAUGACACUUGCUUUAUGACACUGAAUAGCAAUACUUGUGCAAUAAUUAAACAAAAUGGAAUGUAUGCAGUGGUAGAUAGUCAUGCUCGUAAUGCAGAUGGGAUGGUUGAUGGAAAUGGAUUUAGUGUUGUAGUGGUGUACAGGUGUCUUGAUGUUGUGUGGGAGCAUUUUGUGAAAUGUGCAAAUAUGAUGAACAAAAGGGAGAACCUUUUUGAGAUUGCAGGUGUGCGUGUUAUUUCCACAACUCCCUCUGUCAAUUCUCCAUUGGUGUUUGGAUCUUCAGUAACACACAAUGAGAAAGGAACAUCUUCCACUAUUGAUCUUCCAGAGGAUGUGUAUAUCAGUAAUGUUACAGAAAAAGAACAACAAUUUCUUCCUUUGAGGGAGAAUGUAGCACAAUUGUUGUGUAGACAGUUAAAUAUUGAAUUCGAAAAGGUUGAUGCACUAUCAACUGAAGUUGGCCUUUUAGGUAAGCCUUGUAAAAAUGAGAAAGUAGUUGAUGAUGGGAAUAGUUUGUUCAGAGCAGUCAGUCAGGCUGUCAGUGGUACUCAGAAGUAUCACAGGAAGAUUAGACUUGCAGUUGUGAAGCAGAUAGAAAGAAAUGCAGUGUUGUAUAAGGGUCUUCUGAGAAGUGAGUAUUCCUCAGUUGCAGAAUAUUUGACAAAAGCAAGAAUGCGUUAUGUUGGUAGUUGGACAACGGAAGUUGAGAUUCAAGCAGCUGCAGAUUGUUUAGAAAUGAGUAUAUUUAUAUAUCAUCAUGAUCGCUGGAUUGAAUAUAGUUGCAGUGCGAGGCAGUGUUUCAAUCAGGCACUGUAUUUAGAAUAUGUUAAUGGAAAGCAUUAUGAAAAUGUAACAUGUGUUCAUAUGCCACAGACUCAGAAGUGUUAUGGCUAUUGUGUAGUAUACAGAACUUUAUCAGGGUACAAUAUCAGACGACAGAGUACGGCAGAGCGCAGUGUGGUUGAUUCAAAGUGUUUGAGUUCAGUUGUCAAUAGUGUGCGCGUCAUUCCCACAGUUCCCUGGGAUAACUCCACAGUGCUGUUUGGAUCUUCUGUAAAACAGACAGAGCAAAGAGCAUUGUCCUGUAAUGAUGUUCCAGAUGUUGUCUUUGUCAGUGAUCUUAGAGAAAAAGAACAAGAAUUUCAUCCUUUGAGGGAGAAUGUUGCACAAGUGCUGUGUAAAGAGUUAAGUAUAGAAUUAGAAAAGGGUGAUGCAAUGUCUACCCAAGUUGGACUUUUAGGUAAGCCUUGUAAAAAUGAGAAAGUAGUUGAUGAUGGGAAUUGUUUCUUCAGAGCAGUUAGUCAAGCCGUCAGUGGUACGCAGAAGUAUCACAGGAAGAUUAGACUUGCUGUCGUAAAGCAGAUAGAAAGAAAUAUAGUGUUGUAUCAGAGUCUUCUGAGAAGUGAGUAUUCCUCAGUAGGUGAAUACUUGAGCACUUCAAAAAUGCAUUAUGUUGGUAGUUGGGCUACAGAAGUGGAGAUUCAAGCUGCUGCAGACUUUUUAAGAAUGAGUAUAUUUACAUAUUAUCAGGAUCGCUGGAUUGAAUAUACGUGUAGUGGGAAGCAGUUGUGUAAUGAAGCAUUGUAUUUAGAAAAUGUAAAUGGCAACCAUUAUGAAAAUGUAGUGUGCGUUCAUCUGCCACACACUCAGAAGUGUUAUGGCUAUUGUGAAGUACAUACAAGUGCAUCAGGGUACAAUAUGAGACGACAGAGUAUGGGAGAGAGCAGUGUAGUAGAUUCAAAGGGUGUGACUUUAGUUGUAAGUAGUGAAGUAGAUGUUGAAGGUGUGGACAGAGGAACGCGGAGUGAUGGUGUUUGUUUGUCCAGUUAUUUAAAAAGUAAGUAUAAGAAGCAUAAAAGAAUCAAUUAUCAGGAAGAUGUAUUGUUGAAGCAGAAAUGUAGUAAAAAAAACAAAAUGUCCUAUCUUUUAAAUCAAGACAGUGUGCAGACUAAGAAUAAGAAUAAAUAUCAUGUAGAUAGAAUUUAUCAGGAAAAACAGAAAGAAAGGAGUAAUGCAAGAGUUAUUAGGAAAUAUAAGGAAGAUGUUUUGCAUCGAGAGGACGUACAGAAACGGAGUAUAAGGAAAUAUAAGGAAGAUGUUUUGCAUCGAGAGGACGUACAGAAACGGAGUAUAAGGAAAUAUAAGGAAGAUGUUUUGCAUCGAGAGGACGUACAGAAACGGAGUAUAAGGAAAUAUAAGGAAGAUGUUUUGCAUCGAGAGGACGUACAGAAACGGAGUAUAAGGAAAUAUAAGGAAGAUGUUUUGCAUCGAGAGGACGUACAGAAACGGAGUAUAAGGAAAUACAAAGGAAACGUUUUUCACAGAGAGGAUGUACAGAAACGGAGUAUAAGGAAAUAUAAUAAAGAUGUUUUGCAUCGAGAGAAAGUGAAGAAGAUGAGUAAAAGUAAAUAUAAAUCUCAGCUUCUGCACAGGCAGAACGUGAAGGCUUACAGCAAAGCUAAGUAUAAAGGCAGUUUGGAGCAUCGAAAACGUGUUGGUGAUGCAAACAGGUUGAAAAGGCAAGAAAAGAAAGAAAAAUCUAAACAGUUGGAGUUUGUCAUGAAAGGUUUUUUAGAGAAGGUCAAGGACGGGCCAGAAUUUGUUUGCUGUGUUUGUCAAAGAUUGUUGUUUAAAAAUCAAGUGUUAGGUGGAAAAGUAGAUGAUUACUUGAAAAGAAAAGCAUUUGCUUCAGUAGUACAGAAGUGUAUUAGUGAGAAGUAUUUACACAAAUGUAGUGGAAAGUGUGAAGUGGCGUGUAAGUAUAUAGAAACAGGAAGAGGUGAACUUAGGAUUUGUUAUAGUUGUCAUAGUAAAAUGAAUAAAGGUGAGGUUCCACCUGAGAGUAUAAUGAAUAAUCUAGAACUGGAGCCUAUUCCAGCAGAAUUAGCUUGUUUGAAUAGUUUAGAACAGCAUUUGAUCGCGUUACAUAUUCCAUUCAUGAAGAUGUUAGCAUUGCCUAAAGGUGGGCAAAAUGGAGUUCAUGGUCCUGUUACUUGUGUUCCUGCUAAUAUUGUGCAGACUGAUAACUUACUUCCUCGUAGUCAAAUGGAAGGUUCUUUGAUAGGAGUUAAGUUGAAGCGAAAAUUGACAUAUAAAGGACAUUAUGAAUAUAAAUUUGUUGAUAGUGUGCGUGUUAGGCACGCAUUGCAGUAUCUUAAACAUAAUAAUAAGUAUUACAAAGACAUAGAAUUUAAUAAGGAAUGGGUUAAUACACUUUGUAAGGAAACAGAAGUGAAAACUGCAGGGGAUGAAGGUGAUGGGCGUUUAGAAAGUGAAGAAGCAUCUUCAGAUUUGGUUGAAGAUGAGCUGUUACAUGACAGGCAACAACACUGUAUGUUUCAAGACACUUGUCUCAUGCCAGUAGACAUUGGUCAGGAAGUGCUAGAUCAGUAUGUUGAUAAUGUUUUAAAUGUAGCUCCAGGUGAGGGAAACAACCCAGUGAAAUUGCUGUCAGACAUGACAAAUGAAGCAAAGUGCUUCCCAGUAUUAUUUCCUCGGGGAAUGAACACAUUUCAUGAAUGUAGGCAUCAGAGAUUAACAUUGGCACGUUAUUUUAACAACAGAAUUUUGCACGCUGAUGGUAGAUUUGCACGUAAUGUAGAAUACAUAUUCUAUGCUCAGUACAUGUCAGAGUUACAGCAAGUGAUUUCAAAUGUGUCAAUAGCAUUAAGAAAAGGAAAGGGGAGGUCAGAUUUCCAAAGAGUUGAUGUUAACAUUGUAAAUGAUGAUGCAUUUUUCCAAAAUCUGUUAGAGUUUGACAAUGGAUAUCGUUUUCUGAAACCUAUUAGAGGGACUCCAGCAUUCUGGCAGGCAGCACAGAGUGAUUUGUUGGCGUGUGUUCGACAGCUGGGCAUUCCUACUUGGUUUUGUUCUUUUUCCUCUGCUGACAUGCGUUGGCAAAAUCUUCUUGGUAGCAUUUUAAUGCAGGAAGGUCGAACAGAAACACUGGAACAGUUAGAGUGGGCUGAAAGGUGUGAGCUUUUGCGUGACAAUCCUGUGACUGCAGCAAGAAUGUUUGAUUUCCGUUGGCAUUGUUUCUUAAGGGAGGUUCUCAUGUCUCCAGCAGAACCAAUAGGGAAAAUCAAAGACUACUUUUACCGCAUAGAAUUUCAACAGCGUGGUUCUCCUCAUGUUCAUUGUUUGUUCUGGAUAGAGAAUGCCCCAAUGAUUGAUAAAAACACAGAUGAAGAGGUUGUGGCAUUUAUUGACAAGUAUGUCACUUGUGAGCUGCCAACAGAUGACAAAGAGUUAUUUGACAUUGUGACAAGUGUACAGCAACAUUCAAAACGACAUUCAAAAACUUGUCGAAAGAAAAACACAGUGUGUCGUUUUAAUUUUCCCAGACCACCAUCAUGUAGAACAUUUAUAUGCCAUGACAAAAGAGUAGAAAAGAAGGAAAUGUGCAGGUGUGACAUGAAAAAGAUAGAUGAGAAGACACCCUGUGAGUGUAAAAAAGACAAAGUUUCCAAAGAUAAAGCAGCAACAAUCCUGGGCUCGGUAAAAAAGGCGCUUUCCGAUGAGACCAAAAUGUUUGAAAGUGUGGAGCAUUUGUUUCAGAGUGUAGGUGUCAGUCAGAAAGGUUUUGAGGAGGCCUAUAAAUCCUGUGCUCGAGGUACACAAAUAGUAAUGAAAAGACAGAUGAAAGAAGUUUGGAUCAAUCAGUACAGUAAGGCACUUUUAAAAUGCUGGAAUGCUAAUAUGGACAUUCAGUUUGUUGCAGAUGCAUAUGCAUGUGUGGUUUACAUCAUUUCUUAUAUCUCAAAAGCAGAGAGAGAAAUGGGAUUGUUGUUGGGGAAUGCACAAAGAGAAGCAGCUGGAGGCAAUGUGAGUGCAAAAGAAGCCUUAAAGAACCUCGGCAGUGUUUACCUGCACAACAGAGAUGUGUGUGCUCAGGAGGCGGUUUACAGGUUGACACCAAAUUUGCAUCUCAAGGAAUGUUCAAGGAAGGUUGUGUUUGUUCCGACAGGGGAGAAUGUGGUCAAAAUGAGUCUGCCUUUAAGUGUAUUAAAGAAAAAGGCUGCAUCACAUGAUCUUACCUCUCAAAACAUGUGGAUGACUAGUUUGGUUGACCGUUAUAAGAAUAGGCCAGAUGAUGCUGUCUUUACUGACAUGUGUCUGGCAACUUUUGUUUCCGAAUAUCGUAUUCUGAGCAAGAACGAGAAAUCGCAAAUACAGAUAAGAUUGAAAAAUGAUGGUGGAUUUGUGACGAAAAGAAAUAGAACGCAGCCUGCUGUUGUUCGGUACAUGCGCGUUUCAGAAACCAAAAAUCCAGAAAUAUUUUAUCGUAGUAUCAUGCAGUUGUUCCUUCCUUAUCGUGCAGAUGUGGAGUUGAAACCAUCCAAAUGUGAAACUUUUGAACAGUUUUACAAGAAUGGGCAGGUAAGGUUUUUUGAUGGGUCCAGACACACAGUGAAGUUAGUUGUCGACAGCAAUAGAAGCAAAUUUGAAUUUGAAGCAGAGAAGCUGGAUGACAUUCAAAAUUCCAUUGAAAACAACGGUGCAUUGGAAGAUGCCUGGUGUGAGUUGUGUCCUGAGCAGGAAUUAGAGCGUUUAGAGACUCUGCAGAUGAGGACUGAAGAGGAACACCCAGAUGUGGAACAUGUAGAAUGCAUUCCUGAUUUAGCAGUCAAUUAUGGACAAGUUUCCUAUUUAGAAAAGAGAAACAUUUUGUCGAGAAAAGAGGGUAUGGCUUUGAUUAGAUGUUUGAAUGAUACACAACGUUGUAUUUUUUAUCAUAUUCGACAAUGGUGCAUUCAAACAGUAUUAGGGGAAAAACCGGCGCCAUUGCAUGUGUUUAUUACGGGUGGUGCUGGUACUGGAAAAAGCCAUUUAAUCAAGGCCAUCCAGUAUGAGGCAACAAUAUUGUUGUGUACUAUUUGUACCCAGCCUGAUAGUUUGUGUGUUUUAUUGACAGCUCCGACAGGUAUUGCUGCUUUUAAUAUUCAGGCAUCAACAAUCCAUACGACCUUCCACAUUGGAAAGGAUGUACGCUUACCGUAUACUCCUUUGGGUGAAGAGAAAUUAAAUUCUCUCCGUGCAAAAUACAAAGAUCUGAAAAUGCUAAUCAUUGAUGAGAUCUCCAUGGUUGAUCACAGGUUGUUAACAUAUAUUCAUGGGAGACUGAGACAAAUUAAACAAACAGGUGAUUUUGCCCCAUUUGGAAAUGUUAGUGUCCUUGCUGUAGGGGACUUUUACCAGCUGUCUCCUGUUCAAGGUAAACCCCUGUAUGUUACCGAUGCAGGUGUGAACUUAUGGUCCAAUUUAUUUAAGGUUGUGGAACUGAACACUGUUGUCAGGCAGCAAGAUCAGUUGUUUGCGGAGUUAUUGAACAGAAUCAGAACUCGGUCCAAAGGAAGUCCUAUGCUAGUCAGUGAUAUUGAGAGCCUUAAGCAUUGUGAAAGUGGUGAAGACAGUUCAGCGUUGCAUAUCUUUGCAACGAAUAAACAAGUUAAUGAACACAAUAUUCAAGUGUUACUCAAGACUUGCCCUGAAUAUGUUAAAAUAGAAGCACAAGAUUUUGUUCAUAACAAGAAAACCGGGAGGCUUGAGUUGAUUAGUGGACAUCAUGCAAAGGUAUAUAAGACAUGUUUGGAGGACAGUCUACUAUUGGGAAUAAAUGCACGUGUUAUGUUGUGCAAGAAUGUGGAUGUGGUGGAUGGUCUGGUAAAUGGGGUGUGUGGCACUGUGACACAUAUUGUGUCCUCUGAAAAUAAGUUUCCUCAAAGGGUGUAUGUGAAGUUUGAUAAAGAUGAGGUUGGCUCACAGAGGAGGAAACAAUCAUCUACGGCUUCUGUUGAUUUGAGGACUUCUACAUACAUUGAGCCAGAAGAGGAAAAGGUCACCAAUAAAGGUGGAUUACGUCGACAAUUUCCAUUGAAACUAGCUUGGGCGUGUACAGUCCAUAAAGUACAGGGCCUCACAGUAGACAGUGCUGUGGUGUCUUUGAAGAAGAUAUUUUCAGCAGGACAAGCAUAUGUAGCUUUAAGCCGCGUGAGAACUGUGUCAGGAUUAAUUAUUCAAGACUUUGCAGAGGAACGCAUUUACUGUAAAGACAAUAUUAAGGAGGCAAUUCAGAGGAUGGCUCCUUUAUUUGUGGAACCAGCACCAAGCCAACCACAUAGUUUCUCGGUGUUUUUGAUGAAUGUGCAAGGCCUGACUGAGCAUGUGGCAGAUUUAAGUAUGUGCACACAGCACUUACAGCCUAACUGUCUUGCUGUAACAGAAACAUGGCUGCCAGACCUUCCAGCAUCUGAGAGCAUAAAGAUUGAUGGCUAUAGUUUUCACAGCUGUCCACGAAGUUCAUCAUACUCUGGCAAUAAUUCAGUGUCAAAAAAAUUGCAAUCCCAACAACAUGGAGGUGUUGGCGUAUUUAGUGCAAAUAAUGUGACCUUUUCCAUAAUUGAAGUACCACAUUUCAAUUUGGAGUGUGCAGUUAGCAAAUAUGUUCAUCAUGAUAUAUUAGUUGCUGUCAUUUAUCGGCCUCCCUCUUAUCCCUUGUGUUUGUUUAAAGAGCAUCUGAGCAAGUUAUUGGAUUGGUUGGAUCCACAAUGUAACACCAUUGCUGUCAUGGGAGAUUUUAAUGAAGACAUUCUAAAGUCCUCGAGUGUGUGUAAAUGUGUUGAAGAUAGGGGUUAUGUUCAACUAGUGACAGAGGCCACAACAGAAAGAGGCACAUUGAUUGACCAUGUGUAUGUCAAAACAACGCGGUAUGAGGUUGAAUCAUCAGUAGUGCCUACCUACUUUGGUGACCAUGAGGGCAUUGUUUGUCAUUUUAGGGACAAAAAAGAAAAGAAGUAAUGAAAUAUAGAACUAAG